AAACUGAUCAGUUUGAAUUCGAAGUAAUAAGUAAAGAAUCCCCUAGUAAAGAAACCUCUGUAAGCGAUGAAAUUGCAUCCGUGGCCCCAGAUAACAUAAAUAAACCCUCUGAAAACAAAAAAAACUACGAAAAAAAAAGAUUACACAUAGAUUACCUUAUGGAACUUGACGAUGGUGGUAAUGAAUGCAAAGUGUGUAAACAAAUAUUCGGAAGCCAGACUGCAAUAUCAACCAUUAAUCGGCAUUUUGAAGCCUUUCAUCCUGCAAAAUUUACUCUAAUUAAACAACAUAGAUAUCAACGGCUUGACCCUUAUGGUCCAAAUAAAAAAUAUAAGGUGGACAGUUUAAAUAAUAAAUUUUUAAAAUGGGUGGUUGUUGAUCAACAAUCAUUUUUAUUAUCUGAAAAUGCAGAAUUCAUUAAAUUUUUACAAGAACUUGAUCCCCGUUAUCGCAUUGGUCAAAAACUUCUAGGGGUAAUAACCAAUAACGCCGCGAAUAUGCUUGCAAUGGGGCGUGUCCUAAAAGAAAAAAUGAAUAAUGAAUUUAGUAAUCCAAAUGUACAACAUUUUCAUUGUGGCGCCCAUGUUCUCAAUAUUAUUAUAGAAGAAGGAAUUAAGUCUGUAAAAAUUAAUUCACAGCACGCUGUAGCUAGUGCAAUGAAAGCAAAAUUUACAUCAUAUUGGGCUCACCUAAAUGAAUUAUCAACAAUUUCGGGCCUUCUUGAUCCGUGCAAUAAACUUUCGACCUUCGACAUUUAUGAAC